CGGGAGCGGGAUGGACGCGCUGAAGUCGGCGGGUCGCGCCCUGCUGCGGAGCCCCAGCGUCCACAAACCCUCCUGGGCCGGCGGCAGACACAAGAAGCUCCCGGAGAACUGGACUGACACCCGUGAGACGCUGCUGGAGGGGAUGCUCUUCAGCCUCAAGUACAUGGGCAUGACGCUGGUGGAGCAGCCCAAGGGCGAGGAGCUCUCCGCGGCGGCCGUCAAGAGGAUCGUGGCCACCGCUAAAGCAAGUGGGAAAAAGCUGCAGAAAGUGACCCUGAAGGUCUCCCCCAGAGGCAUUGUGCUGAACGACAGCAGAACCAAGGAGCUCAUCGAGAACGUCUCCAUAUACAGGAUAUCCUACUGCACAGCAGACAAGAACCACGACAAGGUCUUUGCCUACAUCGCCCAGAGCCAGCUGAGCGAGGCCCUGGAGUGCCAUGCCUUCCUCUGCGCCAAGCGCAAGAUGGCACAGGCAGUGACCCUCACUGUAGCCCAGGCCUUCAAAGUCGCCUUUGAGCUGUGGCAGGCAGCCAAGGAAGAGAAGGAGAAGAGGGAGAGGUCCAUCCUGGAAGGGGAAGGGAUGAGCAGCCCAGAGGCCCCUGCCCACCCUGCUGCAUCAGCCACAGGGACCCUGCUGGACUUGGAGGAUGCUGCCAGGUCUGCCCUGCCCUGCAGCACAGAGCCCCCAGCCCUGGACAACAGCAUGUUUGGGCCCAGCCCCUCUGUGAACAACAACCUGGUGUGGGAAAUGGAUGAUGGCCUGGAUGAGGCAUUCUCAAGGCUGGCCCAGUCAAGAACAAACCCUCAUGUCCUCGACACAGGACUGACAGCUCAGGACAUCCAGAGUGCAGAAACUCUCUCUCCUGUCGCCUGGAACAAGAUCGAGGGCGGCGCAGGGGAGCAGGAGGAGCUCUUCAUGUUCUGAGCUCAACCCAGGAGCUGGCAACAGAAGAAAAA